CACGCGACUAGGCGUGGAAUUACUCUUUUUCCUAUGCAUCCGUCAUCAGGUAGAGCGUACAGGCAUGAUCGCGAGUCAAUCUAUUUGGGGAUUUUUUUACAUGGUAGAAAAGAACAAGGUAGGAAAACUUCAAAAUACAUUAAACAUGGAGUCAGUGCAGCUGGCGCGUAGUUCACUGGUGGGGGUCGACGAGAGGCAGCACCUUCCGGACCAAUGGCAGAGCCCGGAUCCCCUUGGUGCCGCUUACCUUGAGUGGCUGGCGACUACACCAGAGAGCGCUGACUUGGAGGAAUUGGCUGCCAUUCAGGCGUGGUUAUUCUCUCGGUAUAUGCAGCUCUACCCUGGCCAGAUAAUUGCGUUUGAGUUGUGGUGCGCAUGGGUCUUGGUAGACGAGUUAUUGUCCCCGCAAGGCGCUGCUUUCGUAUUAGUCGACGUGUUACAACGUGUAGUGUCAGGUCAUUGGCUAGCGCAUCAACGGUUUUCGCAGAAUUACACGCGCUGGCAGCUGGCAAUUGGUACCGAGAUACGGCAUUGCCUUCAGUGGACACGUGGGGAUCGGGGUAAAGUAUGGCUCAACACGAAUGCAUUACCCAUACCGCUUCGCAAGUAUUCGACUAGCUUUUGUCGCGAAGUUGAUGAGGACUUCAAGCGACAGCUGAAAAUAUCUUAUGGUUGGGCACCCAGGGAGCUGAAGUCAGGAGAUAUGCCACUAGCCUAUUGGGUUGUCGAGUCUUUAACAACCGUAGGUCGCGACGGCAAUGAGCAACAGCGCAAGGCGAUUCAGACACAGAUGCAGACUAAAGAGCCUUUUCAGGUCCUAGGGUCGUUAGAACUUGAUAUAAAGAUACAGGAGGUAAUUCAGUCUUAUUUACUUGAUCCGUGUAGUCGGACGUCUCAUGCAGCAGUGACGUCGCUUUUGCUUCGAUUGCUCGAUGUGUGCCCACGCACACACUAUAAGGAUCUGCAUAGCCUUGUCGACGUAUCAAUACCAAUCUCCACAUGACGAGAUCACGCACUUAUAGUUCUUCUGACACGGACAUACAAUUGACACAUGCACAUAAGACAUUCUUGCAAUGCACUAUCAAAAUACAUGAGCCUGUAAUUACAUCCAUCGCGUUACUGUGUAUAUCGGCAAGAUGGAGCCAUCCCAUAAUCCAGGAAUGUUAAAGGAUGAUGCGCAAUUCUCCUGUGAGAGACGCCGAUAUGUCUUGGCGCCGGGUUCCCGG